AGUCAGUCGGUCAGUCAGUCAGUCAGUCAAACUACUUUCGAAAACUUUACAGUUCAUAUAACGUACAUAUUAUCAGAUAGUUUUUUCCCUGAGAUUUGGACAGGUAGAGGCUAUUUUCAGGAGAUAGACUUGUUUGCAUUGUUGUUAGCGAAAAAAAAAAAAGAGAAAGUUCGCCUUAAAUCGUCACGCGAUCUUAAAUAGGUUGUUACCAAUGGAGCUGUUCAAAUCUGUCUUUUCUGUCGUGUAGAGUUGAUUCCAGAAACUCUUCUUUUUUCUCUGAUAUACUAGAAACCCUUAAAGACACAAGUAAAAGUAACCGUGCACGAACGCGCCAUAAAACAUCUGUUUUGAGCUUGCGUGCGUAUCAGUGAACCAUAAGUGCUAAUAUUAAACCAUCUUUAAAUUAAGAGGCUCGCUAUCUCUCCCACAGGCGCCUCGAGGACGUGGAGACUUCAGACGACUUUUACAGCACAAUGGGUUUACUUAUACAAGACGUUUUGACUGGAAAUGUCAUAGAUUGUCAAACAUUAAUGCAGGAGGUGUACGCUCUGGCGCCGUUUCCUUUACCAGGCUUAGCAGAGCUUCGAGAACAGUACACUUAUAACAUCAAUCCGUUUUCGGAUGCUUCCGGCGAUAGGAACCCGCGAUCAGCACUGGGGCGCGGUUCAAGUGACGAAGAAGAGGACGUUGACGACCUGGAAGGAGUCGGUUGUCUAGGGGCUUUGUUACCAUUCUCGGAAUUUGCCCCUGGCAACGGGAUCAAGGCCUUAGGUCCUGGCGAUACGGAUGUGAAUGACAUAGCAGCUGCUAGCCCUGGUGUGUUUGCUACUGACGGAUAUUCGCCGCUACCUUACACUACAAAGCAGUUCGGGUCUAGAGGAAGUCGAGUUCACGAAGAGAUGUCUUACUUGCAGAAGCAGUAUGCCAGGAUGCGGCAAAUGCAACAGAAUGCUGUAGUAGUGUUUUCUGAGGCUACAGUGCAAAAUAUACAGGAAUCCGAAAAACGAAAGAGCAUCCCUGCCGCUAUAAACCAUCUGCUUGUCUCGGCCACUAAGAAGAAGAUUAAAACUGCUAGAGGUCAUUUUGGGGUUAAGAAAGGAAACGAAGCGAAAACCAGCGAAAGGCUGAGUGUUGAUGAUGCGACGGUUAAUCACAAAGGUGAGGCGAAGCUUGAAGUGAAACCGAAUGCUUACGAGAAGGAAAGCAUGCAGCAUUUGAACGAGUUGUUCAAAGGAGAUCAGAAAGAACGAAAAGAGGUCAGACAGAUCACAGAGGAGGAACACCCUACAAAGACUGCUAUUAAAGAUGUCGAAACUGCUAGUAAAGAAGUAGAAACUGCAAGUAAGGAAGUCGAAACUAAAAGGACAAAGGAGAAGUUUUCAAGUGAAAAGCAAAACGAAGAGAAGAAAGAUCGAGUUGUGGAUGAAAAACCAGCUAAAAAGGACAAGAAAGUCACGCCGUUAAACACGCGUAAAAUCCAACAUGUCGGAUUAAACGGCGAAGUAUCAUCGUUAGAAACUGGAAAAUCCAAGAAAAAUCCGUCUGUAGUAUUCGGAUUCAAUUCUGGUCGUAAACCGCCUAAAGUUACGGUUGUGGAAUCCUCAUCAUUGAAAGUGACCGCCGCGAACAAUGAAACGCCUCUAAGACCUGUGAAGGUCGUGGACAGAAAGAGCGCUUCUGUUCUCGAUACGGGUGCGGGUACCUUCAGUGGUACCGGACGGGUGUUUACCCGCUCGAAUCACGGGUCGAGUAACUCUAACAACAGUUCGUGGCUAAUGGAGGAAGACAAGAGAUGUAAAUAUCCCGAUAACUUCAGACCAUUUCCUCAGCGAAACAAGCAACCGAGCAGAAGCCGGAUUCUUUACGGUAACUUGUCGGACAAAGGUGCGAAGCGAAUGGACGCAUUUCAGAGCAGAAAGGAAACUCGACAAGGUUUUAACGGAGUUGCUGUCAAUGGGACAACAGAUAGCAAACGAAGUUAGCCUUAACAUUACUUUUGCUGACUUUUGAAUGAAAUCACGAAAUUUUAUCAACGAACGUAACUCAAAAAAUGAUCUCUCGCACAGUCGAAGGAGCGAACAUUCGGAGUUUCCGUAAUGCUUCCGUUCGGAGAACGAGCGAGAAUCGGAAACUCUUCGAGUCCGAUGAUUCGCUACACGUGACGUGACUUUCGGACCGCCCGUGCUACUUCCGAUUUGACAACUAGAAUCGUUAACUCUUCGGCUGCGACAAUUUACAAAAAACGGCAUGAGAUGUAACCUGAUCCUCGUAGGAAAAGAUGGCGCCUGCACAUUUUACUACAAUACCAUGCGAGCAUCACCACUGAGGAAAGCCAUAUUUUUGCGAUAUUUCUCGCCGUGCUAACGACACUGUAUAUGUUAGGUUUGAAGAUUUUGGAACUUUUCUGUACGUUUUUAUGGGUGUUGUUUAAGUUUUCGAGCGCUAGGUAUUUUUGGUAAAUGAACCAGUCGCCAUCCUUUUUCCUACCGAGGAUUAGAAACGAUAAUUUUUAUUUAAGUAGUGUUCGGUUACUAUGUUGUCCGUAAAUGGCACUCGUUCCGGAGACUGUGCAUAGGUCGUUGUUGUAAGGCGUUUACAGGCAAAAUGUGAAAGUUCAUCGCAAGCAUACUCAAACGAAAAUCGUGUUAUCAUGAGUAGAAGCCGGAAAUGGUUUUUAUGUGACAACCCGAACUAACAGACAAAGUUGGAUAGCGAGAGAACGGAAAAAAAGAGUUGAGAAGUAGAAUUUAUGAUUAGUUUCCACAACAACCAGAAUUAACACAAUAAUUAUCCUAAAAUAUUUUAUAAUGUACCUUAAUCAUUCAAAGAUAAAUUAGAAUGUCAUAACUUACAUAUAUAUAAAUCAUCAAUUCAGUGGUAUAGGAUGGGAAUUACAUUUUCGACGGGGGGGAGAUUCUGACUGAAAUUUUCAGAACUUUGAACAUUUUCUGCUGGUUACAUGUUAGUUAGUUUCAUUCUUUUCCCUCAUUCUUUAUACUCGGCAGGAAUUUUUCUUUUCAUUUGUUGCUCUCCUUCCUCAAAAAUGCAAUGGUCCAUCCUUCAUUAAAAUUGGAGGGCCAUAUUUUUUAGGGUAAAACAAUUUUCAUGUCACAUCUGUGGGUUACUAUAUGUAUAAAAUAGUGAAAAUUAUUGUAAAAUGAGUAUAUUUUUGGAGGCCUUUGGAACUCUUUCAUGCCUUUUAUGCCUUAUGCCCAUGUAUAUCUCAUGUAUUUAAACUGUAAUUGAAAAUAUAUUUAAAAUAGGCCUUAUCUUUAAGGUGCUAGUAUUUAAGGGCUCGGUUAAUUAGAAUAUUGAACAUUACUUGAGGUGUGUUUCAUCUGUGACUUAGGCUUUCUUAUCGCGAGUGUUCACACGACUUCACGGUGGCCAUAUCAGUGUACCGAAUCAAUGAAAAGGCGGCCAUGUUGGGCGCCGAAGGAAUUUGAAAACGGAGUUUUCACUCUGAGAACAGUUAAAAUGUUUUCGUCUGCACUACGCCGGAGAAAUUUGAUUUGUAAUUUUAUAAGAUGUACAUGACAUAUUUAUUCCUAGAUGACAAACGUGAAGAAAUCAAAGGCUAGUAUGGAAAAGACUGUGUGAAAGAAUAGGACUCAGAAGGACAUAAACCGAAAGUCAACAAACUGAACUAUUUCAUUGGUUUAGAAAAGAUAAAAUAAAAAUUUACCUUGAAAUAAUG